CAGGCCAAGAAAAAGAAAGCUGUGCAGAGUGCGUAUGUACGGAGCGACUAUUUUCAGCCUCGCAUUCUUAGCAUGUAGCCUUAUCGGAAGUGCCUGGCGCCCAGUCGGCGGGACGUCGCUCGCAGGCAGUUGUCGGGCCCGGGAAAGCGAUGACACGCGUACUUGUUCCGGGAUACGUGGAGGGGAUGUGGACUACGUGCGGUCGGCCGGACGGAGCUGGGGAAUCGAAACAACACAUGACUAUUCUUCAAUGCGAAGCCUGGAGCUGACCUGGGGCCUGGAGCUAACUAAACCAUGGUAGCUAUGUAAGGACCAGUACUGACGCGCGCACGUGGACUCUAACUUCAACCUCCUUGCUACGCACGACGACUCAAAGCGCACCAACGACCACCAUCGUGGCCUCGCAAACUCUCCACCGUGCAGAAGAACACCAUUCCUUCCUCUCAACCAUACGAGAUGGCAGUACUCGACAGUGGCGGCGGCGGCGGCGUGGGUGGCAGUGAAGACCGGGCUCCUCUCCUGCCACCAUCCUCGCCGAGCUCUCCAGCACACCCCUCGCCCGAACCCGAAACGAAAGGAUACUGGCUAUGGGCGCUCACGCUCAGCGCAGGAAUAAGUGGACUCCUCUUUGGCUACGACACGGCAUCCAUCUCGUCGGCACUGCUAUACCUCGCGCCUACGCUGUCGACGCCGGAACAUCCGGUCACCACCUGGGAUAAAUCGAUGAUCACGUCGGCGACUUCGUUCGGUGCGCUCGCAGGGGGCCUGGUCGCCGGCGUGUGUGCAGAUCGCUGGGGCCGGCGCGCGGUUAUCUGGAUCGCAGAUCUCCUGUUCAUUGUCGGCGCGCUGUGGCAAGCGGGCGCGAUGGGCGUGUGGUCGAUGGUGGCGGGCCGGGUGGUGGUGGGCGUGGGUGUGGGUGUCGGGAGUCUUGUGGUACCGCUCUACAUCUCCGAGCUAGCGCCGGCAAGUCACCGGGGACGGCUGGUGGUCAUCAGUGUUCUCUGCAUCACGUGCGGGCAGCUAGGAGCGUACGCGGUCGGCCUGCUCCUGGGCGAGCGAUGGCGCUGGAUCCUGGGUCUAGGCGCGGUCCCCGCCGUCGUGCAGGCAGCGCUGAUGCUAUUAAUGCCAGAGACGCCGCGAUGGCAGCUACAGUGCGGCCGGCGGAAGGCGGCGGCCGAAACCCUCGCCAAAGUCUACGGCACACCGGCGAUCACCUCUUUGCUAGCGGAGAUCGAAGCGGGCGUACGCACCGGCCCCGCGCCCCCGCUCAGGAGCACGCUCAAAUCGCUCUUCCGGGUCCCGGGCAACCGGCGGGCGCUGACGCUCGCAUGCUUCCUGCAGUUCCUGCAGCAGGCCUGCGGCUUCAACGCGCUGAUGUACUUCUCGGCCACCAUCUUCGCCGGCAUCGGCUUCCGCAGCCCCACCGCCGUGGCCAUGGUCGUCGCCGGCACCAACGCCGCGGGCACCGCCUUCGCCUUCCACCUGAUCGACCGCGUGGGGCGGCGCCGCAUGCUGCUCGUCUCCCUCGCCGGCAUGGCCGCGGGCCUAUCCCUCUGCGCGCUCGGCUUCCUAGCACUACCAGACCUAACCACCUCCGGCCUACCCACCCCACCCUCCGGCCUCCCGACCCUCCCCGCAGCAAUGAUCGUCGCCGCGAUCAUCACAUUCGUAGCCUUCUACGCGACGGGGCUGGGCGCGGUGCCAUGGCUGUGCCAGAGCGAGUUCUUUGCCAUGUCGGUGCGCGGCGUGGGGACCGGCGCGGCGACGGCUACGAACUGGGGGUGGAAUUUGGUCGUUGCCGCCACGUUCCUGGGCGUCGUCGAGCAUCUCGGCGCCAGUGUCGCGUUUGCGGUGUACGCUGCAGUCUGUGCCGCUGGCUGGGUCGUGUGCUAUAGGAUUUAUCCGGAGACGGGGGGACUCGCGAUGGAGGAGGUUGAAGGUGUGCUGAGGGAUGGGUGGGGCGUGCAGGCUGUGUAGAAUGUGUGAAUAUAUGCGUGCUGUUUGGUGAGUGCGGAGUUUGGGUGGGAUGGGUUUUGUUUACAUCUACGCGGGCUUGUGUGUAUGUAUUGGUUGUAAUACUAGACGGUGGCUAUCUUUCCUUCAUCUCGGUCUUGGUCUUGUAGUAAGUUGUUCAGAAUGUUGGUGUGAUCGUGGGUGAAGCAUGGGGUUUGUACGAUGAUGCGGUAAAGGAUGUAGACUUCAAAGGCUCAAUAGGUAGCAGAGGCCGUGCAAAUGAUACCCCUAAAGCAGCACAUUCAUGGUGGGAAAUGCCUGCCAGGCUCAAUGGCAGCUUUGAGGCUUCUGUACCUCUAUCAUUGCCAUUCACCUAGCAAGUCCUCAUUCACCAAGCAAGUCCUCAUU